UUCAUAACCAAAAAAAACUUCAAUUUUUUUCUCCAUCCAUCCAUUAUUAUCACUAUGGCUACAAUUGAAAAAAACCUAACAAUUACUGAAAAAGUUUAUGUUAGAGUUAGACUUGCAAAUGAAAAUGAUAUACACCAUAUAUACAAACUUUUUUACCAAAUUCAUGAAUAUCACAAUUACACUCAUCUUUACAAAGCCACUGAAUCUUCCCUUUGUGACCUAUUAUUCAAUAAAACAAACCCUAGUCCUCUAUUUUAUGGUCCCUCAGUACUUCUACUCGAAGUAUCACCAACGCCUUUUUCAGAUAUUAAUAACAAAGAUGAAAAACUCAAGCCUAUCCUGAAACAAUUUGACCUAAGGGCAAAUGUCGUAGACAAAGAAGCCGAUGAAUUCAAGUCCAAAUCGAUCAAUAAUGAUGAUGAGAAAAACGAUGUGUUUAUUGCUGGAUACGCGUUUUUUUACGCGAAUUAUUCAUGUUUUUAUGAUAAGGCUGGGAUUUAUUUUGAGAGUCUUUAUUUUAGGGAAAGUUAUAGAAAAUUGGGCAUGGGAAAAUUGUUAUUUGGGACAGUUGCAUCUAUUGCUGCUAAUAAUGGAUUUUCAUCAGUAGAGGGAAUUGUGGCUGUUUGGAAUAAAAAAUCUUAUGAUUUUUAUGUGGAUAUGGGGGUUGAAAUAUUUGAUGAAUUUAGGUAUGGGAAAUUGGUUGGUGAUGCUUUGAAAAAAUAUGCUGAUCAAAAGGAGAAGGUUUGAUCAUGAAGAUAUUUAAAUUUAUUUAGCACCUUUUUUUUUUACAUGUGGAGUUUUUUUUCCCCUAUUAUCAUUUGUAAAAGCAAUUUUACUGAAUAUUUAUUACUACUAUGUAUUAACUUGUGUUUGCAAAUGUUGGAUGAAUAAAUAUGCGUUAAUACUA